AUGCUCGGAUUGAUAAGUGGAAUAUCUAGAGUUGCCAUCAGUAGUCCUUCCACUGCUGUGAAUAGCAUGGCCAUGAGAUCUAUCUUCUUCAAGCCUACGCUUACACAGAUUCCAACUGCUGCCCAGACGAUAGCCUUACAGACUGUCAGAACAUUCAAAGUUAGGACUGCAGUUAAAAAGUUCUGUAAAGACUGCUAUAUGGUAAAGAGAAAGGGAAGAAUGUAUGUCUACUGUAAAUCAAACGGUAAACAUAAGCAAAGACAAGGUUAA